CCAACAGGCUACGAUGGCGAGUAAUCGGGCCGGGUUCAGUUUGUGCCACGAAUACCCUCGUCGACUUUGACGAUCGAUUCUUUUUCUUCGCUGAAGUCGAGCAGGAAAACAGACUCGCGAGAUCGAAGACCUGCCGCCGAUCCAAGCAUCGGAAUCGCAUGCUGGCAAAUUUUCCGUGAGAUUGCAGCGCCCACAUGGCGAGACAUUUCUGCGACAUCCGAAUCCUUCUCGUCAUAGCAAUCGUGGCCUUCAUCUACAUCCAGGUGCGUCUUUUCACUGCACAAUCUGAGUAUGCAGAGCGCUUGGCUGCUGUUGUGGAAUCUGAAAAUCGGUGCACAAGUCAAAUGCGUUUGUUGAUUGAUCAGAUAAGCACACAACAAGGGAAAAUCGUAGCGUUAGAAGAAGCAAACAAAUAUAAAGAUGAAGAAUCUGCUCAACUGAAGACCCUACUUCAAGAUCUUAAAAAAAAGAGUUUACAAAACUUGAUAGGGAAAAAUGAGGAGCCUGUAGCAGCUGUAGUAAUUAUGGCAUGCAGUCGACCUGACUAUCUCGAGAGGACUGUCAAAUCUGUUUUAAAGUAUCAGAGGUCAGUUUCUUCUAAAUUUCCUCUUUUUAUUUCUCAGGAUGGAACAAAUCCAGAUGUUAAAAAUAAAGCUAUGAGCUAUAAUGAGAUAAUAUAUCUGCAGCACGUAGAUUUAAAACCAGUGGCAACAGAAAGACCUGGAGAAAUAAUCGCAUAUUACAAGAUUGCUAGGCACUACAAAUGGGCUUUGGAUGAAUUAUUUGUCAGCCACAAGUUCAAUCGAGUCAUCAUAUUAGAAGAUGACAUGGAGAUUGCUCCAGACUUUUUUGACUAUUUUGAAGCAACAGCUACUCUACUUGACAAGGACAAAACCAUAAUGGCUGUUUCCUCAUGGAAUGACAAUGGACAAAAGCAGUUUGUCCAUGAUCCUCGAGCUCUCUACCGAUCAGAUUUUUUUCCUGGUCUUGGGUGGAUGUUAACAAAAUCUACAUGGGAUGAGCUAUCACCCAAGUGGCCUAAAGCUUAUUGGGAUGACUGGGUGAGAUUAAAGGAGGUGCACAAAGAUCGUCAGUUUAUCCGUCCAGAAAUUUGCAGAACGUACAACUUUGGUGAGCAUGGUUCUAGCAUGGGACAAUUCUUUAGACAAUAUCUGGAGCCUAUUAAACUAAACGAUGUCCAAGUUGAUUGGAAGUCAGCUAACUUGAGCUUCCUGAUGGAGGAUAAAUUUUUGAGUCAUUUUGCUAAAAUGGUCUCUGAUGCCACACCUAUUUGGGAACCCGAAGCCAUUCUAAAGCCACACACUUUUAACAGUGAUGUAAAAAUCCAAUAUCGUGACCAGGCACACUUUGAACAGAUAGCCCGCAAAUUUGGAAUUUUUGAUGAAUGGAAGGACGGCAUUCCUAGGACAGCUUAUAAAGGAGUUGUAGUUUUUCGUCACAGAAGUGAAAGGCGUGUAUUCCUCGUCGCUCCAGACUCUCUAAGUCUGCUAGGAAUAGAGUAAAUCGAGAUUUCCAAUUUGGCAUUGUUUCUUCCAUGGCGCUCACGGAGAUCUUUUGUUGAAACUUGAAAGGAUCCGAAGGGAAAGUUUUCAAGUGGCUCGGAUGUGUACAAAAAGUAGUUUACCUUGUCAUUUAACUUGUCUGGCUCCAAUUUUUUUUUGUCAUAAAACAUAAGUUCUAUUCCUAUUUCAAGAAGGUGCUUGGUGAA